AUGGAUGAAAAUCAAAUUUCAGAAGAGGAGGCGAUGAAUUCUAUUCUAAUUGAAAACAAUGAACAGAAAACGGAGAUUUGUUUACCAGAGAAAUCCGCUCAAUGUCAAGCAAUGGUUUACGAUGAGGUUAGACCUAUUAGUAGUAAGAGACGCAGAGAAGAGGAUGAGGACGAAAGAUGGAUUACGGUUUCAAUAAAUGGAAAGAGAAUGGGACAGAAAGUUGAUGUAUAUAUUAAUUGCUUCGAAAAAUUACCUAAACAGUUUGCACUUGCAAAACUUUUAAAAACCAAUAAUAUUAAGCAUAUCAGCCGUGUGAAAUAUGUGAACGCGUAUAAAGUAUUUGUGCAGUUUGAAUGCGCAGAAAGUGCUGAUGAGCUGAUGAACUGUACACCUUUGAAGGAGUUAGGAUGGAGAUUUCCAAAGCCAUUAGGGGUUCCUUUUUCAUACGGUGUCAUUAAGGAUAUUGAGCAGGAGAUGACCGAAAAAGAAAUGCUAGAGGUAAUUUCGAGUGAUUGCGAGCUCAUAGGUGUAAAACGCUUAAAGCGCAGAAAAACGGAUGGAAAGGGAUGGGAAGAUAGUGAAUCAAUACGGUUGCAAUUUAAGGGCUCAUCGUUGCCAGCAUCAGUAUACAUUUACGGCAUGAAGAUCAGCGUCGACCCCUAUGUCUUCCCAGUCACUCAAUGUUCAAGGUGUUGGAGGUUCGGUCAUAGCCUACGUGUUUGCCCCUUUAAAAAGAUUGUAUGCCCUAAGUGUGGAAAGGGACAUGCUAUUUGUGAGAUCACAACAUUUAGAUGUAUUAACUGUAUCGGAACUUACAUGUCGUUGGAUAGAUCUUGUCCUAUAUUUAUAAAAGAAAAGCGUCUAAGGAGUUUAAUGGCUGAAUUCAAUUGCUCAUAUAAAAAUGCCUUACAAAUACAUCCUCCAGAACCUCAACCCGUACAAGUAGAACAAGAAACAACUAUAUUAAAGACGGCUCAAAGACAUCUCAACCCAAACACACCUUUAUAUAAUAAUAUGCCUGAACCCAUACCUGUGUCCUCUAUCUCACAAAACGAAGAUGGGGUUAUGUCUUACACAAACGUUACUCGAUCGGUACCGCGCUUACGUUCUGAAAUUACUUCUAACACUAAAUCAAUACCAUUAACAUCACAAUCGGGUGCUAUGGAGGUUUCGCAAACUUUACAAGAAAAAACUAUAAGUACAAAGAGAAAAAGGAAAAAGAAGCAAAAUCAGAAUGUAGUGUCUGAAAACGAUAUAUCUGCAGAAUCAGAAGAAGUAAUUAAUGAUAAUGAUGAUGAUAUGGAAAGUAAGCUAAAAUCAAGAAAAGAGAAAAAAGAGAGAAGAGAGAAGCUUAAAUCAACUUUUAAUUUUAGUCAGUUACUUUCUAAGUUAUAUGCUAUAUUUACAAAUUCACAAGAACAACUUAAGAAAUUCAAGGAAUGUCAUUAA